GCAGAGAAUAUCUCCAACUUCAAUGUCGAGUACAACAAAUUAUUCAAACACGACCAAACAUAACCUUGAUUUCUUUGGCACAAAUUCAAUUAAAAUGGCGGGUUUAUCGGUUUCUUUAAGAGAUUCAGGGAAGGAUCAAAUGUUGGAGCGGUACUUGAAUCUCAUGGCAGAACAGAGGCAAAGGCAAGAGGCAACAGUGUUGACUGCACCUCAAAUCGCGCAAAAGAUUGCAGAUAUCGAGAAAACCUCUCAAGCCACUCGAGAAGUUUCCAAGAACAGUCUAGAACAUGAAGAGUGGACAGAAACUACAACAAAAUCUCAAGAAACUUACUGGAAUCUGUUGGAUUUGGCAAAGGAGACCGGAUCAACUAUACUCGUUGCCAAGGGAAUUCAUGAAACUGAAAAGCUUCUAGCAAAUUUUCAACGGCCUUUGUCAAACCUUAUAGAUUUUCAAGAAGAAUCUGGCUUGAUAGAUUUAUCGUCACCUCAAAAGUUCAAGGAACCCAAAGAGAGGGAAGCAUAUCAUGAAGAAUCUCGCUCGGCUCUAUUGGACUUGAUAGAAGUAGUCUCUGAUGCAGCAGAACUGCCGUCGCCUGAAAAAGGUCAAGAGAUCGAUGGAAAUCAAGAAGCCAAGUACAAUCAAGGCACUGAAGAGAAUGAAGAGUCCGAAGAAAAUCUUGAAGAUGAUGCCCAGUGGUGGGGUCUUUCCGAUCUGGAAGAAGAUUUUGCGCCUCCUCGAAUCCUACCCUACUUCUCAGAGCUUCCCGGAAAAUUACGACGGCAAAUUUGGAACUUCGCCCGUCCUGAAGCACGUUACAUAAAGCUUCGAGAGUCCAAAUGGAGUGCAGCACUUUAUUCGGAUGCGCCAAUUCCAGCUUUGCUUCAUACUUGCCAAGAAUCAAGAAAUUCAGCUUUGAGAUGGUACGACUUGUCAUUUGCAAGGGAUCCUGAAAUGGGGUUUUGGGACCAGAAGACAUUAAAUGAGAUAAUGGACAAUGCACUCACUGAAGGACAACGCGCCAAACCAAGAAUCUACUUUGACUGGGAGCGUGAUGGCAUAUAUUCUCAAUGUGCUCGUUGUAAUGGCCAUAGAAUGAGCUGUAGACACGCCCCUCUCUCUUUCGAUUGGCUUAGAGUUAAGCAGUUGGCAUACGAAGGUCCUCUUUCCAUCAAUCCUUUUUACAAGCUUACCUUGUGUUAUCCUGCCGUUGAAAGUAUCAUGCUUAUUCGUGGUAGAAGCGCUGUUCGGCGUACGGCGAUUUCACCCUCCGAAUUCAUACCCGUCGAUGAAAGGUUUGAAUGGGAAGGAGAUGAUUUGCUUGCGACUUGUUUUGAGACCAUACAGAAUACCGAUCCGGAGUGUGAUGCACUUGAGACUAUCACAUCAGUCCAAAGAAUGACUUUGAUGGAUGUCAACCAGACAGAAGUGGUUGACCGAGUGGAAAGUAGCUAUUGGCCUUGUCGUUAAUUAUCUUGAGGUUCGCUGCGAUAUAAACGAAGUGGGCAUGGAUUUGUAUGGAAAUACUUAGAAAUGGGCAUUUGGGGUUAGUAACGACAAUAUGUUCAGCCAUAGCUAGAAAGUUGCUAUAUGGAUGGGGAAGAUUUGAAAGAAUGGCAUUGUCACAUAUUCAAUUACAAGUAACAAGAGCAUCGUUUAUGGUUCGAUUUGUCAGAUUUAAAACAUCCCACGUCAUUCCACCACUUGUAUUAAUCUCGCGGCAAUAAUACUGCGUCUUA